GGGAUCCUGUUGCGUCGGGCUCGCCGAUUCGACGAGAGCGGGUUAUUUUUUGACCCGCUCCUCAACGCUGAAGUCUUCUGGGCUGGGGUGGAAACGCGGCGCGUGCGAGCCGGUCCCGACCGCGGCGGACGAGCGCAGGCAUGGAAGUGAACGCCGCCGCCCGCGGAGCAGAGGGCCAGCGCGGGAGCCCCCACCAGGCGCCCGAAACCAAGGGUGAGGAGAGAGCAGAGGAUCCCCACGGCGGCAAGGAAGAGCCCCAGGCUGCGAUGGGGAGCAAAACGUGGAGGGAGCUGGUGGGGGAGCUGAGGCGGUUCCUGUGGAACCGGGAGGAGAGGACCUGCCUGGGGAGGACAGCCACCAGCUGGGGCUUGAUCCUGCUGUUCUACCUGGUUUUCUACACGUGCCUGGCGGGGAUGUUCGCCUUCUGCAUGUACGUGAUGCUGCUCACCCUGAGCCCCUACACGCCCACCUACCGGGACCGCGUCUCCCCGCCAGGAGUCAUGAUCAGACCGUACCUGCACGGCUUCGCCAUUGCCUUCAACGCGUCCAAGCGCAGCACGUGGCAGCCCUACGUGGACAGCAUGCACCGCUUCCUGGAAGCUUACGAUGACAAAGUUCAAGAAGAAAAGAAUAUCAAGUGUGUGGCGGGGCGAUACUUCAUCCAGGGGGGCCACGAGAGCCAGGAGAAGAAGGCCUGCCAGUUCAAGCGCUCCCUGCUGCAGAACUGCUCUGGAAUCGGGGAUCCGACGUUCGGCUACUCGAAAGGCCAGCCCUGCAUCUUGCUAAAGAUGAACCGGAUCAUCGGCUACAGACCGGGUGCUGGGGUCCCCGUCAGCGUGGACUGUAAAGUGCAGAAAGGCAAUGAGAGUGAUCUUAGAUCAGUGGACUUCUAUCCUGGAAAUGGGACGUUUGAUCUCAUGUACUACCCCUACUAUGGCAAGAUCACGCACGUCAACUACACAUCCCCACUGGUGGCUAUGCACUUCACAGACGUGAGGAAGAAUAACUUGGUCCCUAUCCAGUGCAGUCUGAAAGGGGAAGGUAUCGUCAACAACGUCAAUAACGACCGCUUCCUGGGCCGAAUCAUCUUCACACUCAGCAUCGGAAAGUAGCCACUGCGACCACUGGGCACUUAGCUUACGUCAGCCAGAGGCUUUUCCCUUCUUAAAGCCUAAAAGCCAGCAUUUCUUCUGUUAGGAAAACGAGACACAUGGAAAUUUGUUAACUUAUUUUUGUUCAUAUUUAGGAAACAAAUGAGAUGUAAUUGAGCAAGGAACCACAUUUUAAAAGAUCUAAUGUAAAUUAUUACUAGCAAAAGUUUAAAGAUAUAUCCUAGGCAGAGAACCUGCUAUACCAUUUCAGUUUUAAUUCAAUAUAAGCCCUAGUAUAUGAAUGCUAUUUUCAUAAGGUCAUUUCAAAAGGGCACACACUUUUCCUGGCUUUAUAUUUUAAUUUUUGCCAUAGUCUCAUGUACCUUUCUUAGGCAAAAGCUAACAAGGUGGUAGUUUAUUAAUACUAUUUUUGUUAAAAAAAAUAAACAGCAAAAAUUCUGGAUUAUGCCUGCAAUAGUUAAAAAAAAAAAUAAAACAAAAUGGCAAUUCUUGAAAAACCCUCCUAAGAUCUUCAGCACCAGAGACACCUUUGACUGCAACAUUGUACACAGCUUGUUCAGUACAUGUAAGGUGUUAAACAUUUGCUUUAGCAUCUUUCCAGCUGUUCCCCUCUGAACUGGGAGGAUUACUGCAUCUCUCCCUCCUCCUCACUUCAGCAAAUCUCUGCUCCCCAGUCCGGGCGGCCUGAAGGGAGCUGUGCUCUCCCUGGCCCCGCUCCCUGGCCGGAGACGCCUCCGGCCCCCGCUCAGACACAGAAGUGCCUGUGGAGCUUGUCAGGCCCCACCAAGCAUUUUAAGGCUGGUCUUCCCAAAGGCAGAGGCCACAGUUGUAACGCUCGAGAAAGCCGCAGGAAAACGCGUGAUCGUUCUAUCGUUAAGGCGGUCAGCGCAGAUCUUGGUGUAGGUCAUCGGUUUAUCAGCCCGGAAGGUCUAUGAAGCAUGUUCGCUCGAGUGAUCUCUCCCCGGAGGAUCCCUCCUGGGCCCUUCCUCAGCUUUGUGCCAAGCAGAUAUUCCCGCUGCCCUGGGUGGAAGUGACAGGCUAACGAACAAGAGCAGCGAAAACCGUCCAGGACGGCAGCAUUUCAGGCAACAGAGGAAUUGUUGUCGAGAGCAGGUCAAGCGUAUGGCUGAAGCAGAGGCCGGAAAGCCAGAAAACUCGUGCUCUAGCUGGGGCUUCCUCCUUGCCCCCCAGGGAAGCCAUUGCUUUGCUCCCUUCUUCCCUCUCCUCAGUUGGGUUAUUUCAGAAAGGGGUCACAAGGCUUAAUUUGUCAUCAGUUAUCUAUAAAAUCCUUUGCUACCUUUGUUUGAAAAUUCUCUAGAAGAGCAAAGCACUACAGUGAUUUCAGCACCUACUACAGUAAAAUUCUCAACUUCUAGACCUUUAAGCUAUGGACAGUCUAAAGUAGUUUUGAUUCUUUAUAAAAAGAAAUAUUUGAGCCACAGAUGAAACAUACUCUGUGUUGUUAGUUAUGAGAACACAGCAGGACACUUCAGGAUACUGCAUUCAUUGGAAAGCACAUUCACUAAUACUGCUUACUGACUAAACAAGAGCUUUAUGGUGUUUGUCCCACAUCCCAGCUCAGAUACUUAAUAUGCCAUAAUUUCUGUAUCUAUAUUAAAGUCUCUAAGAAGUAAUUUUUGUAUUAAAAAUAAAGCUGACAACAGUAAAACCAA